UGAACCGUUUAAAACGGCGUACACUCGCCACUUUGCUUCAGUAUCAAUUGUGGUAUAACCCAAUCAAGACAUUAGCAAUAGUAAGUACCACGAGAUGGCAAAGGUGAACGGAAUUCACAACGAAAUAAAAGAGUCGGCCUUAGACCUUAUUGGGAAUACGCCAAUAGUUGCGCUCGAUCGCAUACAUCCAGGCCCAGGGAGAAUUUUAGCGAAAUGUGAAUUUAUGAAUCCUGGAGCAUCGAUAAAAUGCAGAUCUUCGUUGCAUAUGAUAAAAAUGGCACUUGAAAAAGGACUUUUGAAACCUGGUCAACCUGUACUGGAAGUAACAUCUGGAAACCAAGGAUGUGGGCUAGCAGUAGUCUGUUCUGUCAUGGGGCACCCCUUAACUGUAACUAUGUCUAAGGGGAAUAGUGCACAACGAGCUAUCCACAUGGAGGCUCUUGGUGCUAAAUGUGUCCGAGUACCGCAAGUCGAAGGAACAUACGGCAAUGUCACCCUCGCAGACGUUAAAGAAGCUGAGAAAGAAGGUCUACGCAUAGCUGAAGAAACUGGUGCUUAUUAUGUGAAUCAGUUUAAUAACGAUGAUAAUGCAAACUCCCAUUAUUGUACGACGGGACCUGAAAUUUGGAGACAAACUGGCCACCACGUUGAUGCUUUUGUAGCUACAGUAGGCACGGCUGGUACAUUCGCCGGUUCAUCGAGAUUUUUAAAGGAGAAAAACCCAAAUAUUCAGUGCUACGUCGUGGAACCUGAGGGCUCGCAACCUAUUCGGGGCUGUGCUAUUACAAAACCGUUGCAUUUACUACAAGGCUCUGGCUAUGGCUGCGUUCCUAAUUUGUUCAAUUUUGAAACAUUGGAUGGCACCCUCAGUGUCACAGAUGAAGAAGCGUCGCGAUAUAUGAAACUUAUUGGUGAAAAAGAAGGUCUAUAUGUGGGUUAUACCAGCGGUGCGAAUGUUGCUGCGGCUGUUAAGUUGUUAAACUCAGGUAAAUUGCCUGAAGAUGCAUGGGUGGUAACGCUCCUUAAUGACAGUGGCUUGAAAUACACCCCAGUACCUCAGUCUCUAACAUAACUUCUUUAGUGAAUAAUAAUUUAUAUAAAGUGAGUGUAAGAUAACUUUCUAUUUAUGCAAUCAAAUAUGUCACAAAUAGAAUAAAAUCAAUAACAACGAGAUAAGCGUGACGUUUGCUGUUAUUAAAAUAUUAUUACUUAUUACAUGGUAUUUAUUACGUUGAUAAUAGUUAUAUGCAAAAUAUGUUCAAUUUCUGUAUUUUAGAUUUCGUUAUAAGUCAAAAAACAAUCAUAAUGUUAUUCAUUAAUAUAAAAUUACUUUGUACACAUAACACUAAUUAAAUUUUAUAAAAAUAACAAAUAUCAAUUUUAUAAAAAUAGCAUAUAAAUUUUAAUUUUAUUGUCUCACUAUUAAGAUAAUGUGUUAUCGCACUCCUUCAUAGAUACACUUGGAAUAACCCUACUUGUAAAAAUAUGAAAAAACAAAGCAAGUGCCUAUCAAAUGCAUGGGGAGGACAGACAGUACAGGUCUGCGAUAUUUUGUUUUAUAGAUAAACUGAGUCAAUCAACAUAAAAUAAGUUGUAAAUUUAUUAUAACUUUUUUAUACAUUUCGUAAAUAUAGAAGCAGUCCAGCAGUUACUUUAGGUUACAUCAGUUAAUCAGUAAAGCGAGUUGAAAUAAACAAAACAUUCAUUAUCAAGUAACCACGUUAUUAAUGAUUACAGAAUAAGAAUUAUAAUCGUUGGAUAUUAUUGAGUGUGAAUUUACAAUUUUAUAGCAAAUCCACACUUUCACGGAUUUGGAACAAACAUUAAUGUAUGUAAAAAUGUAAAUAAAAUAUAUAAUAUAAAUUACAAAGAAUAGUUUUGAUAUCGUCCAUAGGUACCUAAUGUGUGCGUAUUAAUCACAAUAUUUCAUAAAAAUAAAGUAAAAGGAAAGUUGAUUUGUUAUUAUAAUGUAUUAACCGAUUUUUUUCAAUGCCACUUUGUUAAUUUGCCGAAUCAUGUUUUUUAUUUUAUUAUGUACUACGUACUUUUGUGAUAUCAUAUUUCUAUAUUUUUUGAGACUAUUAUAACAUCAUGCACCAUGAAAUAGUAUAUUCAUAAAUAAUGACCUUAUUGCUUAAACAUAAAUAGCUAUUUAUGUUUUUAUGUUUAAGAAAUGAUAUGACUUGAGUUUUGAGUAGUGGUUGUAAAAUAU